GCGAGUGCAACCAACGUUAAGCGCGUAACUAACCGAAUACAAAAGGAAGUCGCUGCAAAGGGAUGCGGCUUCGGGCAGCUGCUUGCGAAUCUUGGUGCCCUAGCCCACGGAAGCAGAUCGACUUCGCACUCUUCAACUCAAAGAAGGAAGAUGCAAACUCAAACACAAGAGCCGGCAGAAGGCGUCAUCAUGGCCGCACCGCCGGCCUUCUCGCCAUCAUCCGCGGCGGCAACAGAACCCCAAGAUGCCGGCCACGCAGCCAACCAAGCGCCGGAACCGCUCAAGGGCCUGCCCGCGGAUCCGAACACGGCACAGCAGCAGGUUCCCGCCAGCGCUGCCGUUCCACCAGCCCCUGCCCAGGUGGCCACUCCGCUGGAUCAGCUGGGGGACUCGCCGCAGUGGAUCGACUGUCCCUUCUGCCAUCGCCGGACCCUGACCAGAGUGAGCAAGGAAGGAACCUCGAUGCAGAUUCUCGCGGGCAUUCUGUGCUGCCUGUUCUGCGUCUGCCUCGCCUGCGUUCCAUGCCUCGCCGGCUGGUUCGAGGAGACCAUCUACGUGUGCACGCAGUGCAACAAGAAGGUAGCCACACGACCCGUCAGCGGCCCCAUUAUCGUGCAUGGGCCUCAAGCGACGGUGCCGUCCAAAUAACGCAUAGGCGUCGGCGGGGUCUGGCUGUGAACUGGAGAUCCCUGGAACUCGAGCUUGCUUCCGCCAAGGGAAACCGGAGGAACAUUGCGGGUGUUUGCGUUGGUUUCAAGGACGGCCUACGCCCGAAUAUGCUGUUAAUCAUUCCCCAGCACAUCCCGUUCGUACCCAGUUCAUAAAAAUACCCCGUUACUUCAACCAAAGCCGUUACCCGGGAGCAGAGUGAAUGACCUCGGACCUCUCACAUAACACGACGUUGUUAUCCCCAAAGUCGUGCCCUUUGACCUGCUGGCGGAAAAACGCAACAUG